CUCAUCCAUUUGACACCCGCCAGUUUCCCUUCAUCCUCCCCCCUCCACUCGGAUCCAUUUCCCCCCAACCCAGUGGACUGGUCUAUGUAUGCCUGAGUUCAAGAUCUCCGCUUCUCUGGAGGGUCACGGCGAUGAUGUUCGCGCCGUGGCCUUUCCUAACGCCAAUGUUAUAUUCUCAGCAUCGCGCGAUGCAACGGUACGACUUUGGAAGCUAGUGUCUACCCCGCCUCCGACUUAUGACUACACUAUCACCUCUCAUGGCUCGGCCUUUAUCAACGCCUUGGCGUACUAUCCACCCACCCCCCAGUUUCCCGAUGGACUUGUCCUAUCCGGUGGUCAGGAUACUAUCAUCGAAGCCAGACAACCAGGCAAAGCUGCCGAUGACAAUGCAGAUGCUAUGCUCCUAGGGCAUACUCAUAAUGUCUGUGCACUUGAUGUGUCACACGAGGGUGGAUGGGUCGUCAGCGGAAGUUGGGACUCUACAGCUAGGCUGUGGAGGGUGGGUAAAUGGGAGUCCGAUGUUGUGUUCGAGGGCCAUCAAGGAAGUGUUUGGACAGUGCUCGCCUAUGAUAAGGAUACGAUCAUCACGGGUUGCGCGGACAAGCAUAUACGUAUAUUCAAUACAUCUGGGACCCUGCUGAAAACGAUCAAAGAUUCCCAGGACGUCGUGAGGGCUCUUUGCAAGGUGCCCGCCUCAAACCCCACCGGUGCGCAUUUUGCUUCUGCAAGCAACGAUGGAGUGAUUCGACUUUUUACCAUACAAGGCCAACUUGUUGGCGAGAUUCAUGGUCAUGAGAGCUUUAUCUACUCUCUGGCCACUCUACCUUCAGGCGAGUUAGUCAGCUCCGGUGAGGAUCGAACGGUGAGGAUCUGGGAGGGUACGCAGUGCGUACAAACUAUCACACACCCCGCCAUCUCUGUUUGGAGCGUUGCAGUGUGCAAGGAUAAUGGCGACAUAGUCACAGGAGCCAGUGACCGGAUCACAAGGGUCUUUAGCCGAAGCCAGGAGCGAAUGGCAAGUGCUGAAGUAGUGCAACAGUUCGAGAAGACUGUGAAGGAAUCGGCAAUUCCGGAACAGCAGGUUGGGAAUAUUAACAAAGAUAAGCUUCCGGGUCCGGAGUUCCUCAGACAGAAGUCCGGCACCAAGGACGGACAGGUGCAGAUGAUCCGGGAGGCCGAUGGUAGUGUCACUGCUCAUACUUGGUCGGCAGCUUCACGGGAAUGGAUCGCAGUCGGCACUGUUGUAGAUUCCGCCGCCAGCAGUGGAAGGAAAACGGAGUACCUGGGCCAAGAUUACGACUACGUGUUCGACGUUGAUGUGGAAGACGGCAAACCUCCUCUCAAACUUCCAUUCAACGUCUCUCAGAACCCGUACGAGGCCGCGACCAAGUUUAUCCAGGACAAUGAACUGUCAAUGAAUUACCUUGAUCAGGUGGCGCAGUUUAUUGUCCAGAAUACACAAGGUGCGACUCUUGGUCAGCCAUCGCAGGAUCAGACGCCUGCUGGUGCCGAUCCCUGGGGUCAAGAGAGGCGUUACCGUCCUGGAGAUGUGCAAUCGCCCCCCGUCCCUGAAGCCCGUCCAAAGAUCCUCCCGCAAAAAUCAUAUCUUUCCAUCAAGUCCGCCAAUCUCAAAGUGAUCGCCAAGAAGUUACAGGAGCUUAAUGAGCAUGUCAUAUCCUCCGGGUCAAAAGAUUUAUCGCUAAGUCCCUCGGAAUUAGAGACGGUGGCAACCUUGUGCGGUCAGCUGGAGUCUUCGAAUAUCGAGCAGUCUCCAGCAGUAGAAGCUGGAGUUGUCUUACUUUAUAAGGUUGCGACAGUCUGGCCUGCCGCAAGCAGACUGCCGGGCCUGGACCUUCUCCGCUUGUCUGCAGCCGCUACUCCUGUGACUGCCACUGCAGACUACGGUGGCAAGGACCUCAUCUCCGGAAUUCAAUCUAGUGGCGUGUUUGAUCCUCCGCUAAAUGUCAAUAAUGCGAUGCUGUCCAUCCGCAUGCUCGCAAAUUUGUUCGAAACCGAUGCCGGACGUGACCUGGCCAUGAGCAGAUUCGACCAGGUGUUAAGCGGCGUCAAGUCUGCUUUGACCAACAGCGGAGCGACGCCAAACCGAAACCUCACUAUUGCCGUAAACACACUCUACAUUAACUUCGCCGUUUACUUGACCUCUGGGGGCAGGGAGUUUAUACCCGAGUCAUCGGAACGGGCGCUAGUGCUCCUAGGAGAGCUGACAGCGAUGAUUAUUGGCGAGAAGGAUUCGGAAGCAGUAUACCGUGGGCUAGUGGCUCUGGGAACUCUGGUGAAGGGGCUUGGUGAAGAAGUUAGGACUGCUGCCAAGGAGGUCUACGAUGUUGGUGAUGUUCUAAAGAAUAUCUCCAGCUCUGGUCUUGGUAAGGAACCAAGAACCAAGGGUAUCAUGGGCGAGAUUCGGGAGUCCCUGUCAUGAGGGAUCCAUGCAUUAUUGAGAACCUGUGUUCUGCUUCACUCUGCUGUCUAUAGCACGUAUACACUUCUAGUUAAUGAUAGCGAUACACACCACACUGCAUGAAUUCAACAUUGGAAAUGUUACGGACAAAGCUA